CCCCCGCCUCAGCCCGCUCCCGCCAGCCAGACGCGCACGCGCGCCUGCCGCGGGGGCGGGGCCGGGGCCUGGGCCUGGGCCUGGGCCUGGCAGCGCUACCCGCAGGCGAGCGGCCUCCUCGUGCGGCGGAGGAAACAUUAAUGUUAGGAAAUGGCAGAAGCAGUUUUUCAUCCCCCAAGAAGGAAAAGAAGAGUUUUUGAGUCAUAUGAGUCUCCCUUUCCUGUGGAUGUAGGUGGGAAGGAUUUCAGAAUAUGCCAGGCUGAAAUCAUUAACAACAAUGUUAUUGUGAGGAACCCUGAAGAUAUUGAACAGCUUUAUAACAAGGGCUAUUUUGGCAAAGGUAUCCUUUCAAGAAGUCGACCGACAUACAGCAUUUCAGACCCUUUACUGGUUACUAAGUGGCAAGGUGCUAACUUAAACAUGCCUAUAAUUGCAUCUAAAAAGUACCAGUGUCAUGUUCAGUGGGCUAAAAGUAUUUUGCAAGAGCAAGGAUUUGAUGAUUGCUCAGUUACCAAAAUUCUUGAAAAUUACACUAAACCUCUUGAGCUGCCAUUUUUGGAAGAGGGUGGAGCUGAACAAAGCAGUAAUAGUUGCCACAGAAUGGGCCCAAAUACAGAAAAUACAGAACUUUCCAGACAAUCUUCUACAGACACUGGCAAUGUAGUAGCCCAAAGUCCUGAGAAUCAGAAUGAAGGCUACAAUGAAGCCUGUUUGGAAGGAGAUCCAGUGUUUGAUCCUGUGGUCGUAUGUGGCUCUAAAGAACAGGAGCAAGGUGACUUGAAAGAUGUAGCUGAAGUGUCUUGCCAGAAGCACAGUUUUCUCGUGCAUUGCGGCUGCCAGGCUAAGGAGAGCACUGAGCAAAGGUCUUGUGAGAUGAUCAAGUCAAAAGAAUGUGCUCCAGAAUAUGUAUUGGUGCAAGAGGAAGAAGGAGGUAGUUUACGUCCUGAAGACGGCUCUGCUCGUGCGCAAGAAAAUCUUGUCAAGAAGGAAAAACUAGUAUGCAGAAGAAAUCCAUUUAGGAUUUUUGAAUAUUUACAGCUCAGCUUGGAAGAGGCUUUUUUCUUGGUGUAUGCUCUGGGAUGUUUAAGUAUUUAUUAUGGUGAGGAGCCCUUAACUAUUUUGAAGCUAUGGGAAGUUUUCAGUGAAGUGAAGCCCAAUUUUAAAACUACUUACAUGGCAUAUCACUACUUCCGCAGUAAGGGUUGGGUCCCCAAAGUCGGACUGAAGUAUGGAACUGAUCUCUUGCUGUAUCGAAAAGGGCCCCCUUUCUAUCAUGCAAGUUACUCAGUCAUUGCUGAAUUAGUUGAUGAUAAUUUUGAAGGUUCUCUUCGCAGACCACUCAGCUGGAAGGCCUUGUCUGGGUUGAACAGAACAACUGUUAAUGCUUCUAAGGAACUUAUGUUAUGCUACUUGAUUAGACCAUCUGACAUGACUGAAAAAGAGAUGUCAACACCAGAAUGUAUGAAAAGAAUUAAGGUUCAGGAACUGAUUGUAACUCGUUGGGUUUCUUCCCGUGAGCGCAGUGAGCAAGAUGAACUUUGACUGUAUAGGGAAAAGUUGGGUUUUUUUACCUGACCUUCUCAUGAUGAACCAUUGCCUCAGAACAGUUUCUAUCAAUGUAUUCAGCUGGUAUGUGUAAACACUAAAGUGUUUCUCCAGUCCUUCCUGUUUACUGGAGAGAAUUCUGUAUUGAAAAACAUAACUGAACUAUGAUAAUGCAUAUGAAAGGGAAAAAAUUAAAGCUGUGUCCCAACUCAAAAUACUUGCUUGUUUCCUUACACAUUUGUAAGUUUUAUCUUUGAAUAGUGGCUAGACUGCAGCAAUUAGUAAUGGUAUUUUAAAUAUUCUGACAGAUCCAGGCAUUAGUGCUGAAUUGGCACUACAGCCUGCAGAGCCACUGAAGUCCAAAACCUGAAUGUCUGCCUGAAAGCUGAUGCAAUGAGGGAUCAAACAGUUUUCUGGGAAUACCUCACAGAUCCUUCAGAGGUGAACUUGGGAAUUGUAAGGCUAACUUUGCACGAAGUCCUACAUUUCUUCAGAAAUAAGGACUUAAACUUGAUAGUCCUCAAGUUUACUGUUAAAAGCUAGCAGUAGUUGUAGUGAGUCAAAUAACCUUUUGGGAUACCGAUAGUACCAUUCUUCUUCAACCAAAACCUGACUUCAUAGCCUUGAUGAAGCUGCACAGACUUAGAUCUGGGGAGAGAUUUGGUUGUUGCAAUAUUAAGCAUUGUAACAUGUUGCUGCUAGGUGCCUAGACCCUGGAAUUUAGUGGUCCCAACUAAAAGUGCUUAUUUUCACAAGCAUUGCUCAGAAUUGAGGAACUCUUCCCAGAAUGUGCAAGGAUUUUAAUUAAUUCUUGGGUCUAAGCAUUGAACAGCAGCGUUAGGUGUUGGGCAGUAGGUAAUGCUGGGGUACCUUUCCCCAUUUCGGUAAAAUGUCUUACUUCACUUGGGAUUUGCAGCUUAAGAUUUCUCCUUGAAAGUAAGAGCCUAUAAUCUCCCCCGACGACAGCAAGAUGCUCUUUACUUUUUUUGAAGAUGCUGAGCUAGUGAGAGGAAUUCAGUCUCUCUAGCUUGGCAAGUAUAGGUCUGUGUUUCAUCACCACUUUUUUCUCUUUUAUCUAGCAACUACCAUGGUUUAUACAUUUUAUUUUUCCAUAGUGCACUUGUAGCUUUCUUUGCUCUGGUGCAUCGUAUGUUGUAAAACAGGCUGAGAGACACCACUGUGUUUUGUAGAGUGAGGUAUAGGAUAGUGCUGAGCAGUUCUGCCUUGCCACACUAGGUGCCUGCUAUUUUCUGACUUUUUCGUAAGAUUUAAUCAUCUAGAUUGCAGGUUCCUAAAUCUGAUGUUUGCCAUUGCUAAGCCACAUUUGGAAAAACAACCCCAGCAGGUAUUCAGCUGUCUUUCAAGUAGAGCCAGGAGGUUUAAGUAUCAACUAUGCCGCAUUUUAAGUAUUGCUGCUUUAGAUUCAGGCAUUUGAAUUCCAUCUAAGCCUUUGAAAAAUAGGCUUCCUUGUGCUGUUAAGAUUUCCUCCCUGCCAUGUUGUAAGAGAACACAUUUGCUGCAACAGUAAGGAUAUGUUAUAGGUGGUGACAAUGACGCCGUUUUGGAUUUUCUUUGUGCUGUUUUCAUUCACUAGAAAGGGGGCUUUGCCUCCUGGGUGCAGGAAAUUUUCCAGGGCUGGUAAAAAUUCUGUCAACUCAGCCUGCUCCCAGCAAGCACAAAAUUACAGUCUGGUUUACUGAGGCAGUUUAGAUUGUAAAGCCACGUCACAAAUGCAGGAAACUACAUACAACUCAAAGUGGAAGAUCUUCUAGUAUUUGCUUUCAUUUAAUGACUUCUACUGGAAAGCUCUAAAAUGAAAAUGUUAAUUGCAUAAUGGCUUCUUCAAGCUGAACGGGUAUGUAUAUGUUAACUGUACAUGGCAAGGCAUUUUAUUCUAGCUGCAGAUGACUGUACUUCAUGUUUCAGUACUGUUGUAUCAAAUAACUUACAUGAGAUAGUUGUACCAUAGCACUGAUACUUGCCACUGUAUUUAUAUUUUACCAAUUAAAAUACAGUACUUAAAUGAA